GGGACAUUUAGAUGAUGUACUGAGGGACAUGGUUUAGUGGGAAAUGUGGACAGUUGGACUGGAUGAUCUUGGAGGUCUUUUCCAACCUCGGUGAUUCUGUAUAUAAUAGCAAAAAUAAAAUUGCCUUGCACCUUAGGAAUUUUUCACUGCUUGCUUGCAGGCAAGUGGAAUUGCUGAAGGCUAGUCUUACCAGUAAAGACCAAGGCUGAGACUGAGACUCAGAGGUCAUGCUCUCACUGUUCAAUACAGUUAGGUGUUCAGGGAGCGUGAAAAUCAAAGCUGUUCAUCUUGCCAAAAAACAAAAAGUGUUGGUGUAAGGCACAAUAGUCCUAAGUACCUGGGGUUUGAGCAGCUAUGCUGGUUUUCCAGCAGACUUUCUCCAGUAGAAGAAAAGUCUCUGGUUAUGCUGGUAGUCAUAUUUUCAAGUUACCUCUUAAGAUUUAGUCAAAGAAGAGUAUGUUUUCAGGAGAGUAAGUUUUACUCAACAUUGGUCUAUAAACAUUGUUUGUAUGUUUGUCCCCAAAUAGUGGGGAGUGCUGAUUGUCAGCAAAUCUGACUUUGUCAGCGGUUUACAGUUUAUCAUUUUGGCAAAAUUUUCUUCCUUUUUGGAGUAGAUAUGAGUGCAAAAUUAAUCUGUCAUUUCAAAAUUUCUAUUUACCGAAUGGCAAAGCAAAUGGAUCAAGAAGAAAAGAAUUUUUGUGGUGUUAGACAUUCUGAUGAUUUCUCAGUGUGGCAAUGUAGAAGCAUAACUUUCUGGAAAAUGGAAUAAAGGAUUAAAGCCUUAAGCUACUGAAGAAGGAAACUUUGAAGAUUGAUCAACAAGACUCAAACAAAAACAGCGUCAUUAAGUUGCUUAAUCAUAGAAUCAUAGAAUUAGCUAGGUUGGAAAAGACCUACAAGAUCACCUAGUCCAACCAUCCACCUACCACCAACAACCCCACUAAACCAUGUCUCCCAAUGCUAUAUCUAAACGUUUCUUGAACAUCUCCAGGGACGGUGACUCAACACCUCCCUGGGCAGCCUGUUCCAGCGCAGUUAUUAAAAAUAAAUUAAUGGGCCAUUGAACAACUGUACCUUCUAAUGAGAGAAGCUGGUCUUCCUCCUCUUAAUUCUCCAGUCAAACUGACUUAUUUUUUCUGUUAAAAAUAAGUUUGGUUUACAACAGCACAGAUAACUGCUCUUGGCAUGGUUUUGAAGAUAGGUACUAUAUAGAUGUUGGCUUUCUUAAGUCUGCAAGGAACUUGUGGUCUUCAAUCAAUUUUCCAUUUCCUUGCUAGAAUCCUUUCUUUACUUUUCAGGCUAUGGCAAAGCAUAUUCAUGAGUGCACCGGGAAGUCUGUAUUCCCUUAAGGAAAAGAAUGACUGUACUGCAUAUGAAUACUGUAUUUUUUGUGAGACUUGUAGCCAUCUGCAAAUUAUGCAUUUGCCUUUUUGUUACAUGGUUUGGCAGUGUAAUUUUCAGACCUGAGUUUUGUACCCCUAGCAAUAUUUGAUACUCAGCUGAACUGUGGAAAUAGUGUUUUAUGAGUAAUAUUUUCUGCAACCAUGUUGUUCUAAAUAUUUGAAAGAGUGGCUCUCUAAAUUAUAGCUUGAUGCAUGAAUCAAUCUCUUGUUUGUGAUCUAGUUAUGGCUGGAUUUAAAUGGUCUAAAGGUUUGCAAAUUGUUGGUGUCUUUCUGCUGGAUAUUCUAAGCCUUGAAGCUAAUGUCUUAGUGCCUUUUUAGAUAGAUGGGACAGCUAUCUUCCUUCUCUAUCAGUUUAGAUAUAAUGUGAUGAAGCAUUUGCUGCUCCUUAUUGCAUAUAUGGGAAGAAGUGGCUUGGGGAUGUGAAUUGUCAAUUUCCCCUUGGAGUCACUGCACAGUGGUUUCUCUUAUCCCAGGAUGUGUCUGUCAUACUGUAAGGAGCAUUUCUGAGCUGCAUACACUUGAUGUAAAGAACUGGCAAGAUUAAAGACUAAGUGGUUGGAGAAGUGAGUAGAGUGCACCUAUUUAUAUACUUGCAUAUCUGACUUGGUUAACAUAACCUUGUUUUGACUAGUAUUGAAUUCCGCCUCUCCUGAUCUUAGUUUUUUGUCUCUCCAACUUACAGAGAAUGUAAAUAGAUGUCUUUUGAAGUAUAUCUUGUUGUUGCUGGAUUGGUCUGUUUUUAAAAGUAGAAUAGCAUCCACUGCUUAUUGCUGAAGACACUUUGUUCCUCUGGACUGUUCAGAUUACUCUGGGUCUGGCGCAGUGUGUGAAAGGGGAUUUGUGAGAAGGAUCCUUAUUCAGUGAGAUCACUGUUUUGUGAUUCUAAACAGCUUGCUUCUCUCCAAGUAAUACUACUGCAUGAGUCAUGACCCAUCUGCUUACCAUAAGAUAAAAGCCUAAGAUAAUGGGAGCAAACAAGAACUGAUUGUUUUUGCCCAUUGUUUGUUAACAUUCUGAAUUUUUCACCAGAAGAUGGCAGCAGGUUAAUGUUACUCACAAAUAUUUCUGCUGCUUACUGUUGGGUAAGUAUGGAGAUAUUUUGCUAAAUAUUUGGAACCAAAUAUUUUACCAUAGGCCACAGCAUGAAAACCAACAUUUCAAAGCUCUGUGUGUCAAGCAGUUUUGUGGGUUUGUAGGUCUGGCUGCUCCUGGCCUGCCAGUCCUCUGCAAAUCUUGGCUUUUGUUCCUAAACCUCAGUGUUAACGGUUUCACUUGGUGGCCUUUCAAGAGCAUUUAUUUUGGAAGAAAAAUCAAAGGAGGUAGAGCUGAUGCUUAAAUUAGUUUGCAUUUAUUGUAUAUUGUCUUUUAGUUCAGGAAAAUGUUUCAUUCUAUUCCUAGAAUUAAUUUCCUUGGCAAUAAACUUCAGUUAAAUAUAGGUGACAUUUUCUGUGGCAAAAGGCAUCAGUUCCAGUUCUUUCUCCACUUUUCCUAUUGUAUGAUUCAGAAAGAAUUUUUGUUUUCAUUGAGAAGACUAAUUAUUGACUGAAAAAUAUGGAGUUCAGUAGCCCUGACAGAUGUUUUGUGGAAAAUAAGCUGUGAUAGCCAGAGAAACAAAGGUGUGGGUUUUUUUCCCCUUGUAGCAAUAAAUACAUUGUUAUUGUAGUAAAUAUUCAUAGAAUCGUAUAAUAGUUUGGGUUGGAAGGACCAUCUAACCCAAUCCUGCUGCUGUCAGCAGAGACAUCUCUCACUAGAUCACAGGGUAUCCAACCUGGCCUUGAACACAUCCCAGGGUGGGGCAUCCACAGCUUCUCCGAGCAAGCUUUUUUAGUGUCUCAUUGCCCUUUUAGUAAAUAACCUUUUCCUUUAAUCUAAAUCUCCCUUCUUUCAGUUUAAAACCAUUGCUGCUUGCCCUAUCAGUACACGUCCUUGUAAAAUGUCUCUCUCUUGUUUUCUUGUGAGCCCCCUUACUGUGUUGAAAGGGUGCAAAAAGGUUUCUCCAGAGCUUUCUCUUCUUCAGCCUGAAUGACCUCAGAUCCUCUGCAGUGCUGCUUUCAAUCCAUUCAUCACCCAGCUGGUACUGAUUGGGAUUACCCCGACCCAGGUGCAGCACUUUGUACUUGGCAUUGUUGAACAUCAUAAGGUUCAGGUGGGUCCACUCCUCAAGCCUGUCCGGACAUGAAUGGCAUCCUUUUCUUCUAUCCCUUCAAAUGCAAUACUCAGCUUGGUGGUCAUCCGCAAAUUUGCGGAGGAUGCACUUUGAUUCCCGCUGUCUAGGUUGUUGAUAAAGAUGUUAAACAGCACUGGUCUCAAGGUGGAUCCUGAAGGGAUGUUGCUCAUCACUGGUCUCCAGCUGGACGUUGAGCCAUUCACCAGGAAUCUUGUGAUAUGGCCAUCCAGCCAAUUCCUUAUCUACUGACUAGUCCAACCUUCAAACCCAUCUCUCUCCAAUUUAGAGACACAGAUUUUCUGUGGGACCAUGUCAAAACCUUACGGAAGUUGAGGUAGGUGACAUCAAUUCCUUUUCUCUUGUCCUCUGAUGUAGUCAAUCCAUCAUAAAAGUCCACAGCAUUCCAACACCUCUUCCGCUGUUUCUGCUCCCAGCAUGUUUCUCGUAUCUCUGAUGCAUCUAAGAGCAUCUGCUUUCAGCUUGUAUCUUCUUUCCCUCCAUAUGCUUGCCUGCUUAUGAUGGGAAAUCCGAAGAACCAUGUUUUCAACUCCAAUGAACAUGGCAUAGUAUUUGCCGAACUUUCCAGCUUGUCCCCUUCUGGUCUCUUACACCAAAUGUGUUACAAAAAGUAUGAGGUAAGUGACAACUGCUCUGUUCAGUUAACUAGUGCCAUUAGAUGUAGUCAGGAUAGUUAUGAAUAGUGCUUCUGGGUGGACUUCAUUUUCCUUGUGACAGUUGUAAAACUAUUGUCUGUGAGAUGACUUGUGAUGGUCUAGGGUUUCCAGCAGCACGUGUGAGCUUGUUGCUGGUUGGAGUACUACCGUUUUGUGAGAAGGCAGCUUGCGUACUUUCCUUCAUGGCAUUCUCUAAUUGCCUAGGAGCACUUUCAGAAAUACAGGGUCUCUUGAAGCCCAUUAUGGGAAUAUGGGUCAGGCAGAUCUAAAGAGCACAGCCUUCCACUUUUCAAACAUAGGAACACAACAAUCCAGACUUCCAUUUUUAUUAAUAGCUACUCAUUUUUGAAGAGAAAAGUGACUUGGAUUUGAUGUGGACAACCUGAUAUUUUACUUUAAUCUCAAAUAGAACUUGUUCUGUGUUUACAGCUGCCAGCACCCCACUCCAGCUCUUUCAGCAGAUGUCACCGUUGUCCACAUCUGCUCACCAAGCCCUAUGAGAAGAGUGAUAAGCCAUGUGCACUGUCAGAGUACAUGGAGAAAUACCCUCUUUAUCCUAGCACUCUUCCCAGAGACUCAUUCAAACCAAAAGCAGAGUACAAGAUGGCAAAGACACCCAUGGAAGGCACCUCAAUGACAAGGAGAGAUUAUGUGGCUUAUGAAGUGUUGCCACAGAAACUUAAAGAACCUGAAAAGCAUGUCAAGAGUGAUGAGAGUAUGGAUUUGACCUCUGUUUAUAGACAAGACUAUAACUCCUAUCCUAUCUGUCAAGUACCUCCUUGCCUCCCCCAUGAGAUAAGAGAAAUCUCCAGUGCCAAGAUGAACACAAAAUCCACUUAUAAAGAUGACUAUAUGCUGUGGAAAGAGCCAAAGACAGAGAUGAUCAGGCCAGACAAUUGCUAUCACCCAUCAGAAGCAAAAUUUGACCACAGAACUGUUGUCCAAGAUGACUAUUUCUUCAGGGGACCAGUUGCCACUCAAAGCUUCAAACCUCUGAAUUUGCAUCAGAAGAGCAAGGCUCCCUUUGAGAAUAUGACAAAUUAUAGAGUGAAUUAUGUGCUACGUCCUCUGGAGAAACGUUACGUCCAUCAGUAUGAGAAAUACAAGCCCAGUGAUGUUCCAUUUAAUGGCCUCACUACUAACAAAAUUUCUUACAAGGGGCUGGCUGGUAAGCCGGCCAAAUUGGCAAAACCAUACCAGACAAAGUUAAUCCAUGAUAUUCCAUUUUCCUCUUCAACUGAGUUUCAAGAAAAAUACCAACUCUGGCCACAGCCUCCUGUAUUUACCAAAAAACCUGUUGAAUAUGUUCCUCCAUUGGAGAAAAUGGACCUUCAUACCACUACUCAGUUACACUACAGGAAUGUAAAUGGCAAGCCAGCUAAGAUGUGUAUACCAUUGGCCCAGCAUAAGAAAAAUACAGAGCCAUUUAACAACUCUUCUACAAUGAAAGAAGACUAUAAGCCCUGGACGUGCAAGAGAGUAAAGCCUAUCACUCAUGCUCCUGAGCUGACUUUCCCAGCCGAACCAAUGGAUUGCUUGACUACCUUUCGGACCCAUUAUCUGCCUCAACCUCUCAUGCUUACGAAGAGCUAUAAACCUCCCUGGCCAGGCCCUCAGCCUCACAUUCCACUAGGUGCAAAAACCAUCUAUGCUACCAGCUACACACCAAAGGAUGUUGUUAAAUGUUUGGCCUCUUAUAAAAACCCGCCUGGAUACAACUUUGAGGGGACCAAUGCUGAUGGUCACAAGUUCUAUGUUCCUGCUUCUGAAGAAGAAUGUCUACAAGGUUGCCACUGAAGGAAGGGGAGAGUGGAAGUAGUUUUCUGGGGAAUGGAUUCAAAGAGCAGGGCUUCUCUGAAGCAGCUACAAACAACAUUUUGAUUUUUUUUUUUGCAACCUUCUUUAAAACCAGAUUUUGUAUUUGGAAAAAUUUAAAAAUAAACAUAGUACAUAAACAUAAACAUUGGCUUUUUUGAAUCAGUUGUAUAAAUAAAAGUUUAAAACCGAAGGACAGGACAAACUGAUUCUUGUUUCUCUCUGUAUAUUUUUCCUUUUUCCCAGCUACUGCUUUUUAUUUGGAAGAGAUAAUCUGCUUGUGAGAUAGCAAGAGAGAUAACUUACAAUGGUUUAAUUAAUCAUUAGAAUAAGAAUAGUUCGGGCACUUCCAUUGUGACAGUGGUAUAACAGCCUCUUCAGGUGAAUUACAUGCUAUGAAAUCACAGCUAAAAAUAACAGCUGGACAACAAAGUCUGAGAGAUGACCUUGUCCGUCACUUCCAUCAAAGACACAUAUAUACACCAUGCACAGUUACCAAGUAAAGAUUUUUGAAAAUUUACAUUUGCCACUCUAGGAAGCAGCAGGGAAAACCUUCAAUUUGUCCCAGAUUUGUAAUUAGGUGGGGUAAUGCAGCCAAUAGCCCAGCUGGAGGGCCUCUACACCAUGCAUGAAGCAUGGGAAAUAAUGAGCUCUUGGAAACCAUGGUGCGACUAGAAAACCAUGACCUAAUCAUUAUCAGAGAAAUGUGGUGGGACGAGUCACACAACUGGAAUACUAUGAUUGUGAGCCACAAGCUUUUUAGAGGAGAUAGACAAUGCAGGAGGGUUGGGAGACUCGCCCUCUGUGUGAAUAAAUGUUGAUAAAUGGCAGACUGUGGAGAGAGGCCUCUGAGAAACAGCCAUAAAUAUGUUGAGGUCUUGUAGGUGAAAAUUACAGAUGGUACCAAUAAAGCACAUCUGGUGGGGGUCUACUACAGGCUGCCUCAAGGGGAGCCUUGAUGAGAUCUUCUAGCUUCAGAUGCAAGAGGCAUUGUGCUUGUAGGCUCUCAACCUGAUGGGGGAUUUCAGUCACCUGGAUGUUUGCUGGAAAGCUAAGGUGUAAGAAAUGCACAGGUAGUGAAAGCAGGGACACGUGGCCUGGGAAGAAUACAGGGAUGCUGUCUGGAUGUGAGAGGGGAUCAGGAAAGGCAAGGCACAGAUGGAACUGAACUUGCUAAGGGAUGUGAAAAAUAACAAGAAGGGGUUCUACAGCUACAAUGGUCAGAAUAGACAGGCAAAGGAGAGUUUACCCCCUCUGAUAAAUGAGAAGGGAGAAGUCACUUCAACAGAUAUGAGGAAAGCAGAGGUACUCAGCAAGUUCUUUACCUCAGUCUUCACUGUCAGUCAGGCUUCUUUUCCACGCCUCUCACAUCUCUGAACCUCUAGGUGGUGGUUGGGAGAGCAAAAUCCAUCCCACUGGAGGAGCAGAGCAAGUCAGAGACUGCCUCAUGAGGUUGAACGUGUACAACUCUAUGAGGCCAGAUGACAUGCAAUCCAGGAUCCUGAAGGAGCUGUCUGAUAUGGUUGCUGAACUGAUUUCCAUCAAAUUUGAAAAGUCAUGGCUGUCAAGUGAAGUCUUUGGUGACUGAAGAAGAGAAGCAUCAUUGCCAUUUUUAAGAAGGCUAAAACAGAAGACCUGGGAAACUACAGGCUGAUGGGCCUCAUGUCUGUGUCUGGGAAGAUCAUGAAACAGAUCCUUGCAGAAGGUAUGCUACGUCACACGUGAGAUGAGGAGGUGAUCUGAAACAGCCAGCAUGGCUUCUCCAAGGACAGAUCAUGCCUGACCAACCUGGUAGUCCUCUGUGAUGGAGUGACAGCAUUAGUGGACAAGGGAAGAGCUACUAAUGUUGUCUACCUAGAGUUCUACAAAGCCCUUGAUAUGGUUCCAUACCACAUCUUUAUAUCUAAAUUGGAGAGAUGAAGAUCUGAAUGCUGAACAAGUCAGUGGACAAUUAAUUGGUUGGAUAGUCCCAUCCAGAGGGUUGUGGUCAGUGGCUCUAUGUCCAGGUAGAGUGUGGUCAUGAGUGGUAUCCCUCAGGGGUCUGUCUUGGAACUGGCACACUUCAGUAUCUUUAUCAGUAACCUGGAUAGUGGGACUGAGUGCACCUUCAGGAAGUUUUCUGAUGACACUAAGCUGAGUGGUGCAGUUGAUACAGUAGGAGGAAGGGAUGCCAUCCAAAGGGGCCUGGAAAAGCUGGAGAAGUCAUCAACUGAAUGAGGUUCAAUAAGUCCAAGUGCAGGGUACUGCAGCUGGGUCAGAGCAAUCCCAUAUAUAAGUACAGACUGGGAGAACUGGUUGAGAGCGGCUGUGUGGAAAAGGAUUUGGAAGGUCCGGUGGAUGAAAAGCUGAACAUGAGCCAGCAGUGUGCUCUUGCAGCCCUGAAGGCCAACAGUAUCCUGGAAUGCAUCAAAAGAGGGGUGGACAGCAGGAUGAGGGAGGUGACUGUGCCCCUCUGCUCUGCCCUUGUGUGGUCCCCCCUGGAGUACUGCAUCCAGGUGUGUGGUUACCUAACACAAGAACGAUGUGAAGCUGUUGAAAUGGGUUCAGAGGAUGCCAAACAGAUGAUUGGAGAACUGGAGCACCUCUUCUGUGAAGAAAGGCUGAGGGAGAUGGUUUUCUUCGGUCUGGAGAAGGCUGUGGGGAGAUGCUCUUCCAUUACUUGUAGGGAAAUUAUAAACUGGAGAGAGACAAGCUUUCUACAUGGUCUAAUAGUAAUAAAGUAAGGUGGAGAGGGGAGAAAAUUCUUUACUCAGAGGGUGUUGAGGCACUGGCACAGGCUGCCCAGAGAAGCUGUGGAUGUCCCA